CGCGCGCAACGUAUACUUCGAAUUGGAGUUUGAGGUUAAAUGGUUAGUUUUCUUACGACAGUCUUGAGUUCAGCAUCAAAACAAAUUGAAUAAAUAUAUAAACUAAACAUUUGGAAAAUAAAUAAUUUGCAUUAAAAUGGGUGAGAGAUAUAACAUACACAGUCAAUUGGAGCAUUUACAGUCAAAGUAUAUCGGAACUGGACAUGCUGAUACUACAAAAUUCGAGUGGCUAGUCAACCAACACCGGGACUCAUGUAGCUCCUUCAUGGGUCACUAUGACCUUUUAAGUUUCUUUGCAAUUGCUGAGAAUGAGUCUAAAGCCCGAGUACGGUUCAAUUUGAUGGAAAAAAUGCUCCAACCUUGUGGACCUCCUCCGGAAAAACCUGAAGACUAAUUAAUAAAAUUAACAUGUAAAUUAAUUUUUCAUACUGGAUUAAAUUUAAUUUUUUUAAUAA